AUGAAUACCAUUACAAUACUCGAUGGUUAUAUACUCACAGUUCUGUUGAAGAAAGCGGACGCUAUGGGUGUAAACAGUGAAUCGUCAUCGCGGGAUUCAGAGGAUCGAAGUUACGCCCACGACGAUCACUAUGAAGAGUCAUCCAAUCUUCGGAGCAGGCUUCGUCAGAAAGCUCCUAGAACAGCUUCCGAUAGCAAAAUAAACGGGGAUGUUGGAUGUGCUGAGAAGCAGCGACCAGAGAAAGCCCGGUCAUCAUCGCGUACCCCGAAAUUUGGUGUCGACUACACCAAAGAAUUUCAAAAUUUGGCUGUUUGUUUCCCUGAUAUACUUACUUUUAUUCCGUUCUUCUUUCAGCAAUCCGAUUUAGUGGAGCGUAUUCGACAUUGCAAGGAUUACUACGAGAUUCUCAAUGUGUCAAAAACUGCAUCUGAUGCCGAAAUUAAGAGGGAAUACAGAAGAAUGGCUCUUCAACUUCAUCCAGACAAAUGUCGAGCCCCGCAUUCUACGGAAGCCUUCAAAGCUUUGGGUAAUGCAUACGCAGUAUUAUCAAAUGAAGAAAAACGAAAGCAAUACGAUACGUAUGGCAUUGAUGGAGGAAAUGUGAGCAGAGGUACAAGGGGAGACUUCUUUGAAUAUGAUUAUGCACAUGGAUUCGAUGCUGAAUUCUCUCCUGAAGAGAUAUUUAAUAUGUUCUUCGGUGGAGGCUUUCCAUCAGAAUCGGUACGAAGAACACGUCAUGGAUUCCAUAGCGCCACUCAUAGCACGCGUAAUCAAAAUGCGAAUCCGUAUACUCCGCUUUUGCAACUUUUGCCGUUAAUCGCUAUUCUUGUUCUGGGCCUUUUAGCUCAACUGAUGGUUGGUGAACCAGCGUAUUCACUGCAUCAUACUAACAAAUUUCCUAUUAAACGACUGACACAGAGCAGCUUAAAAGUGCCUUACUUCGUAAGGAGCGAUUUUGAACAGGCAUAUCGUGGUAGAAUUCGCCAGUCUGUCACUUUAGGUGAAACGCUGUUGUACCGUGCUCGUUGGCAGAGUGACCAAGAUUUACUUCGACGAGCAAAUCAAAUGCCUAUGCCCCACUGUGAUCGUCUUAAGGAGAUAUAUAGUCACUAA